AUUAAGUUGGCAGCACUUACCGGCCAAUAAGUCAAUUGCACAAAAUCUUAAACGCAGGACAAGAAAUAUUUUGCACAGGACAUCAAGGAAUGCUGAGAAGGAUGAACACUUUUAGUGGUCAAAAGCUGGCGGCUGUGGUCAAGGAGCUGGAGAACUUUGCUCCGACUUCUUGGGCAGAGAAGUGGGACAACGUGGGACUCCUGAUCGAGCCGCACCGCGAAAAACAAAUCAAGAAAAUACUAUUAACAAACGAUUUAACGGAGCCCGUAGUAAAAGAAGCGCUAGAGAAGGAGGCGGAGCUCAUAAUCAGCUAUCAUCCGCCAAUUUUCAAGCCCCUGACCAGGAUUACGCAGUCACAUUGGAAGGAGCGCGUGGUGGCAGCAUGCUUGGCCAACGAUAUAGCCUUGUACUCGCCCCACACGGCGUGGGAUAAGAAGAGUGGUGGCGUCAACGACUGGCUAUCUAAGGCAGUGAAUAUCCUCAGCAUCCGUCCCCUGGAACCGGAGUUGGGUGCUCCUCCGGGUACCGGAUCCGGUAGAUAUAUAGAAACCAAAAUGGAGCUUUCCCAGGUGGUGGAGUCUCUGCAAAAGCGCAUUAAAAACAGCGUGCACAUUGCUCUAGCUGUGGGCCACACACCCAAGACACUCAUCCAAUCCGUCGGCAUUUGUGCCGGCUCUGGUGCAUCUCUACUGAAGGGUAUCCAAGCGGAUCUUAUCAUUACCGGCGAAAUGUCCCACCACGAAGUUCUGGAGUUCACUCACAACAAUACCACCGUUCUCCUCUGCAAUCAUAGUAAUUCGGAAAGGGGUUUUCUCCAUGAGUUUUGUCCUAUAUUGGCCAAAUCUCUAAAUGAAGAAUGCCUGGUAUUUGUAUCUGAAGUGGAUAGGGAUCCUCUCGUCACCGUGGCUAGCGAUAUAAACAAAGAACUAAGCGCUUUUGUUGACGUCUACAAACAGUAAGGAGAGCACAACAAUAAAACUGAUCUUAAAAUCA